GAAGUUUUGUUGCUGGAAAAAGCGUAGAGUAUUUUCUCAUCAUGGCCGCCGCGCUGGAGACGGUGCCGAAGGAUCUAAGGCAUUUACGAGCCUGUCUUCUGUGUUCAUUAGUGAAGACCAUAGAUCAGUUUGAAUAUGAUGGUUGUGAUAACUGCGAUGCCUAUCUGCAAAUGAAGGGGAAUCGAGAGAUGGUGUAUGACUGCACAAGUUCUUCUUUUGAUGGGAUCAUAGCAAUGAUGAGUCCUGAUGACAGUUGGGUCUCUAAGUGGCAGCGGAUCAGUAACUUCAAGCCAGGUAUGUACGCAGUAUCAGUGACAGGACGGUUACCCCAAGGUAUUGUGAGGGAACUGAAAAGUCGAGGUGUUAUCUACAAAUCGAGAGAUACUGCUAUCAAAUCUUAAUAGGCCAAUUUGUACUUCCUAUCGGAAUGAUGAUCUCUACAAUAGGAUUCUUCUAUUUGUAACUGGAAUCAUUUGUACUGAUCUCAAAAUGUUGUUAUGUAUCCUGUAAUGUAGUAUCUAAAUCGGUUACAUUUAUGGUCGUACACGCCAGCAACGUUGCAGAGUCUGCAUUCUGCAAACGUCAUCCUCCUUGGUUAAGGUGAACUUUUAUCUAAAGGUAAAUAAUAAAAUACAGCAGGAAUACUUUAAUGUGACUUUUGUGAAUAUUAGAAUAAAGUACCAGUUAUAUACUAGCCAAGUAUUUAUGGAAUAUUUGGAUAAUUAAGUGUAAGACACUUUUUCUUUGGGGGUUGGGGGAGGAAAAAAUGAAACAUCCAGGAAUUUUUUUUUUGAGCUAACAGAGCAACCAGUAUAAAUGGUAUUCAUAAUUUUUAAUGUCACAUUUUUUUUGUCUGAAGUGAUUUCUGAGGAUUGAUGAUAACUUGCUUCUACUUCAGGUUGUGUUACACCUGUGGGGAUGGUGCUGAAAGUAUUGAGGGUAUUUGGAGCGUAUCAGAGAAUGAGGCUAGGCUUGAUAGUUGAGAUGGACCAGGAUCAGUUAGACUUGCUCGAUUGGGCAGUAUUGCUUGUCAGUAGUUAGCAUGGAGGGGGUAGAUGUAUUGUAGUAUGGGAGGGGUUCACACUGCUGGUUGUGGUAAUUAGAUUUAAUUUGCAUGUUGCCUUGGCAGUAUUGUCAGAAGAGCUUGUCCAAUUACCCUUGGUGUUGAGUUGGCAAUAACUUUGGUUGGAGGUAUCUCUUUGUUUGUGUAUCUCUGGAGACACUAUUUGAGAUUUUUAUAUUUUAGUUAUUGGGGUCCUGAAUGGGUGCGAGUAUUUCUAGAGUGGAGUCUGUGUUGGGGGUCCCAAAGACUAGUUAACUAUUAAGCUUCCAGCACCAAUCUAGGAUCAGAUUUGACAGGCUAGGCUCCCCUUUAAGUCAUACCGAAUUGGGGUUUUCUGUGAUGUGCAAACCUGCUUCUCUGAGCGGUCUAUAAUGCUGAAGGCAAUACAAGUAUGUUUGGAAAUUACAGAAGUGACAUCCAGAUGCACAGACCACUGGAUCUGAUUGUAUUUAAAAUACGUGGAACACAAACUACUGAUUUUAAUUGCAACCUCCAUAAAAUCACCAAUUUUCAAUUGAUUUAUCUUUUAUUGUACAGUGAAUGGAAAUGUGGCAUUGCACAACCAAUCUUUCUUUAUUAUUCACAAAGAUAGACACAACAAGUUGAACUAACUCCAGCAUCUCUGGAGAGAAGGAAUGGGUGACGUUUCGGGUCGAGACCCUUCUUCAAACUUCUAUGGUAGUUAUGCCCUUCAGAAUCUAUCCUGACUUGCUCAAGUUGGUGUUACAAAACAGGUCUUGGUAAUGGACAUUAUGCUCUGUACCUCUACUACUGGUUUGACAUUGAAUAGUGCUGAUUCAUCAGAUGGAUGAAAGUCAGAUGAUAGUGAGCAGAGAUUUUGCCAGACUCUGGUGAAACGGUGAGAAGGUAGCAGCGUGCAAAGCAAUUUAUUUGACAGUUGUACUGUAAAACACAAAAUGAAUUGCUCAGCUACCAAUAUUCUCACACCAUAAAUUCAAUGAGGCAAAAAACACAUGAUAACAGGUUUCAAAUCACAUCUGCAAGUUAAAGCGUUCCAUAUUACAUGAUCUUAAUAAAUGUUUUCUUGAAACAGA